UGGGUGGGAUGACCGGGCGGGCUGUGGCGUCGAGGGUCCUUGGGGGCUUUCUGUAGGGAGUAUAGGAGACUCUUCCUUUCUAGCGCCGCACUUCCUCCCGAGCCGGCUGCUUUUGUCAUCUCGGCGAGAGAGAGAGAGCAAAGCGAGACCCAGUGCCCAUCGCGGAUGCCCUUUUCGAUGUCUCCGCCCCACUGAUACCGGGGGUAGCCGGCCUCUACCAUGAAGCCCCGGGUCUGUCCGGCUUGCAGGGCUCUUUCUCCUCCCGCCCUGCUUGAUCCGCACUCCACCCAAAAGAAGCCGAUCCGCUUAACAGGCACUGACGGCGGAUAAAACCAGACCGGGAAAAGCAACAGUCUGAGGAAAUACAAUGGCUACUAGCGGUGCUCUGAAGAAAAAGACAGUGGACAAGCAAUCUGCAGAAGAUGCCAGGGUUCAUGUCCCCAAUCCACACCUUGAGAAAAUGAAAGAUGACAUCCUGUAUCAUUUUGCUCUUGGGACCAGUACUCAUGACUUUCCUGCCUUAUUUGGAGAUAUAAAGUUUGUAUGUGUUGGAGGAAGUCCUUCACGGAUGAAAACUUUUAUUACCUACAUUGCUGAACAGCUGGAUAUUGGCAACCCUGGUUAUGACUAUCCCAAUAUAUGUGCUGGAACAGAUCGGUAUGCAAUGUACAAAGCAGGCCCUGUGCUGUCAGUCAGUCAUGGAAUGGGAAUCCCUUCAAUUGCCAUCAUGUUACACGAACUCAUCAAGCUGCUGUAUCAUUCCAAAUGCUGCAAUGUAACCAUUAUUCGUAUUGGCACAUCUGGUGGAAUAGGUUUGACACCAGGCUCCGUGGUGAUCACAAAGCAAGCUGUAGAUGCUACCUUCAAGCCACAGUUUGAACAGAUUAUUUUGGGGAAGUCUGUCAUUCGCGGUACAUGCUUAGAUGAAAACCUAGCUGAAGACCUUAUGGAGUGUGCCAAGGAACUUGAUGAGUUCAACACAGUUAUCGGAAAUACAAUGUGCACUCUGGAUUUCUACGAAGGUCAAGCUCGUCUUGACGGUGCCAUCUGUAUGUACACUGAAGAAGAGAAACUACAAUAUUUGAAGGAAGCUCACAAGGCUGGAGUCAGAAAUAUUGAGAUGGAAUCUUCUGUUUUUGCAGCUAUGUGCAAUGUUAGUGGCCUCAAAGGUGCUGUAGUAUGUGUAACACUCCUGAACCGACUUGAAGGUGACCAGAUCUCCACACCGCAUGAUGUUUUGAAGGAAUACCAGACAAGGCCACAGAAGCUGGUGGGACAUCUGAUUAAGAAAUGUCUUGGGAAAAAGUGACUUUCUGUACUAUAUAUAUAGAAGCACCAUCCUUUCCUUUUACUUGAAUUCCUGUUAAAAAUGUUUCUUCAGUAUAAAAUAACAUCAUAAACUGCAAUCCUGUGCACACUUCUCCAUUGAACAGAAUGGAACUAUUUUUGAAUGUAUACAUAUAAAACAGUGCUGGUAAUUCUUCAAGGCAGCACUCUGUAAUUUUAAAGCACAUUCUAAAAUAUUUUUAAUCGACUCAGUAUUAUUUUACAAGAUAAAAUCUAUUAUUAAAGCAAAGCUGUAGUGCCACUUAAAAGUUCUGCCCAAAGAGAAAUUAGCCUUGGAACCUGACAAAAUCCAUUAGAUCCAUGGCAGUUGUUACCCAAACUAAAAUUCUUAAUGGCUUAAGACUGUAAACUUUUUCAUACUUAUUUGGGCAUGGGGAUUUAGGUAGCUAAGAGGAGACAAGUGAUUGCAAGACUGAUAUUCAAAUGAAUGCUCUAGGACAGUCCAUACACUGCAGUUCUGAAAUGUUAAGUUUUCACCUUGGACCUCAAUGAAUGCUUUGGGGCUACCUGUCAGUCUCUUUCCACCUGGUCUGUUUUACUGCAUCGUUCUGAGGCUAAAAUGAAAGGAAAUGCCCAUAUCGUCUGCAAUGAGCUCUCAGAGAAAAGGUUGAAUAUAAAUGUCAUGCUGAAAAUAUGCAUUACAAUAAAUGCGGAGGAACAAAGUCUUCUAUUCUACCUGACUUGGUAAUUAUGAAGAAUAGGUACACUUGUGCUUACUCUGUGCAUAAAAUAUAUAAACUCCUCAAUGUAUAAACUAUAUGUAAAAAAAAAAGCAAAAUUCUUUAAAGCUGGAUCUUUUAUAAAUUUAAAUAAUGAAGCUGUACUCCUUCUGUUUCUGCUAGUCAUACAGAAAAGUGAUCAGUGACAGAACACAGAAUGUUCCUAGCAAGCAUUGACUGCUGCAAAUCUGAUUCAAAUAUCCCAUUGAUAAGUCAGUUUUAUAAUUACUUACUUUAAAGAUAAUUCUCUAUUUUUUAAAAUAAUUAUGUUACAAAAUUAAAAAUGUCCAUUUGCAUCUGAAGUUGCCACCUGUCUUUAGUUUGGAGACUAAAGUACAUUAUUUCAUCUAGUACAAAUGGUCGUGCUUUGCUGUAUGGUUUAUAUGUAAGCUAGCCCAGUUUAUUUUCUUGCAAGAUCAAACUCUAUAAAAGUUUCCAAUAUAUUGGUCUGGCAUAGACUUGAUUUUAGGUUUAAAUGCCAGAGAAAACUUGAUUUAUUUCCUUAUGUAUUUUACUGUGAUAAUCAUUUUAUACUGAUAUUUAAUUUCCUGUUGUACUUUACUAUUGUUUGAAUUUUAUUUUUAUGUUAUGAUUUAGGCAGCUCUGAGAGUGGUGGCUGAAAAGUAACAAAUACAUGUUUUAAAUAAAUAAGAGUUUUUAAAAAGCUACACAUAUUGACCAUCCCCACUAUUUUUUUCUAAUAUCAAAUAUAAUUUUCUACUGGACAAGCCUAAUAUCCACAUAAAGCCUUUAAACUUAGGUUUACAUUUCUCUCUUCAUCAGUCAAACACAAAUGUUAAUGGGAACUUCCCAAGCAGUUUAGAAAAUUUAGUGCAAUAUAUUGGGAUAAUAAA